ACCACCCAAUCCUCGACUUCGCUUCCUCAUCCUUCUCCUCCGUCGUUCGGCGGCGCGGCCGACAGAUCGAUCGAUGGGAGGCGAUCUCUACGCUCUGGACUUCGACGGCGUCCUCUGCGACAGCUGUGGCGAGAGUUCCCUCUCUGCCCUCAAGGCUGCUAAGAUCAGAUGGCCGUGGCUCUUCGGACAGGUGGACUCCGCCAUGGAAACAUGGAUCAUCGACCAAAUGCACAUCUUGCGUCCAGUGGUUGAAACAGGUUAUGAGAAUCUAUUGCUUGUUAGGCUGUUAGUGGAGCUUCAGGUGCCCUCAGUGCGAAAAUCAUCGGUUGCAGAUGGGCUUACUGUUGAGGCAAUAUUGGAGAACUGGUCGCAGAUGAAACCUAUAAUUAUGAAGGAGUGGGAUGAAGAACGAGAUGCUUUAAUUGAUCUUUUUGGAAGAAUAAGGGAUGAAUGGAUAGAUAAUGAUCUUUCAGGUUGGAUUGGUGCCAACAGAUUUUACCCAGGUGUCGCAGAUGCUCUGAGAUUUGCAAGCUCUCAACUCUAUAUUGUCACCACAAAGCAGGCCAGAUUUGCUGAUGCAUUAUUGCGAGAACUCGCUGGAGUAACUAUACCUGCUGAACGAAUUUACGGUUUGGGGACUGGGCCAAAAGUAAAAGUCCUAAAGCAGCUCCAAGAAAUGCCAGAACAUCAGGGUCUCUCUCUUCACUUUGUGGAAGACCGUCUUGCAACUUUAAAGAAUGUUAUCAAAGAGCCCGCAUUAGCCGGAUGGAAUUUAUACCUGGGUAGAUGGGGUUAUAAUACUGAGAAAGAGAGGGCAGAAGCAGAAAGCAUUCCGAGGAUUCAGCUAAUAGACCUAUCGGACUUCAGCAAGAAACUUAAAUAGAUUUUCUUGGCUAUUAUUCUGAACAUGUUGGUGAACACAACACUUUUUAUAGUGAUAACAUACUUCAAAUGUUGAUAAUUUAUUCAAGUUAUAUGUUCCCAUGUUUAAACCAAAUUUUAAAUCUAAUCUAUCUCCUUCCUUUUUCUAUUAUA